AACGGAUCAGCCUUGUAGUGACGGAUGAGUCUCCUCUGUUCUGGCUGUGAUUGGCCUCGGAACGGUCAGCUGUACAUAAAUCUCAAGCAUGGUGCCUGGCAGCUCAGCUUACUUAGCAGGAUCACUCGAGGAAGACAUGCGCAUGCUGUAUCCCAGAGAAAAUAUCUUCAGAGACAUGCAGGAAAUAAGGGAUGUACGGGGAGGAGGAGAGGAAUUGAUUAAAAUUCCGUGAUGAUAGAUUAUCAUAAUUUAAGAUUCCCGUGCCACGAAGAUCUCACCGGGAUGGCUUGCUAGGAGUUGUUUCAGUACAGUCUUCCCUCCCGUGUCACAUUCGUUUCGAGAUGCUUUCUAGCGAUGUGGCGGGGACAAGGACUUGUAAGGAUAGACUCCAGUCAUCUCGGUUAGUGGCGUGGAAAACGGACGCUGAGGCACGCAACGUAAAUCGCGCACCCGGGCCGGCUAGUGAAGCAAUUCAUGAAGCGUCGGAGGUGGGUGAUAGUAGUAGCAAGGGCCAUCUAUUGACCAGAGCGGAAGGUCGCCGUUGUUUCAGAGAGGGCGGAAUAUGCCCAAGGCAUGUGAAUGCUCGCCUGGUCACUUGCUUGACAGCAGAAACUGGCCAGGGCCUUUCGAGGGCCGACUUUUCGGGCCUGCCACGAGGCCGACACAGCGCAGCGUCUGCGACCGGGGCCACUGCAGGGCACAGCGUUCCCGGUUCUUGGGUCUUCGAAGACCAAUGUCAGUGUUCGAGAAGACCCGCGGGGCGGAUCCGGGUGUUGAGGUCCGCAGUUGACACAGAUAGACUGCAAGCAAGAUCCAUUGAGCAACUGUGAUCGAGCACCGCCCCCUGGAUCGACGCUACCCAGUGUUAGUGGUGGAAGUUCGGCCUAGUUUACGGAGUAGAGGUGGGCGGGGGGGCUUGCGAGGCUGUGAG